AUGUCUCACAACCCCGACAACACUGUUCUGCUCAACGGAGGCAGUAGUCUGUACGACCAUGAGUCCUCGAAGAUCCAUGCGGGCAGCGAUCAUGUUGCAGCUGCUGAACUCGAUGCAACCAUGAACAAUGAUGAAAGGGAAAUGCACGAAAAAUUUGAUCAGAUGCAUGAUGUCGUGAUAGACAAUAACACCGAUCAAGAGGGGGACGGGAGGAAGCCCAAUUUCCUAGUGCACCUGAUGCACCGCGCGAUCCCGCACGGCGGCUUCGCUAGCGGCGUCUUCAACCUCGCCGCCAGUAGUCUCGGUGCUGGUAUCCUUGGUUUACCCUACGCCUUCGAGACGUCCGGCAUCGCCAUGGGCACAAUCUACCUUAUUGUGAUUUAUCUACUGACGGUGUACUCGGUGCGGCUGCUUGCUAUCGUAUACGGCAAGACGGGCAUCCGCAGCUACGAGCUGACAGGGCGGUUGCUCUUUGGGCGUGGCGGCGACAUCUUUGCGGCAGUCAUCAUGUUUGUCAAAUGCAUCGGUGCCUGCAUUGCCUAUGUAAUCUGCAUCAACGACUUGUGGAGUGCUUUUCUCAGCGACGAGCGCGUGCAUGGGUACUACAAGACCCUGAGCUUUCAGCGCGUACUCACGUCAGUUACCUUUCUGUUACUGAUGCUGCCUCUCUCGCUGCCCAGGAAGAUCAACUCGCUCCGCUACGUCUCCCUCUUCGGCGUGGUCUUCGUGCUGUACUUUGUCGUCUGCGUCAUUCUCCACUCCGCAACUCACGGGAUGAAGGGCGGCAUCAGCGGCAAGGGUCUGCGCACGUUCAACACGGGGAAUCGCGCCAUUCAAGGUCUUGGCCAGUUCGUCUUCGCAUUUCUGUGCCAAUCGAAUGCGUAUCAGGUCUUCAACGAAACGCCCAAGCCCAGUGUGCGCUUCUUCGAGUUGCAGGUUCUUGUCAGCAUGUUUAUCUGCACCGUCUUUUACUGGCUGGUGGGCUUCUUCGGCUACGCCGACUUCGCGGACAAUAUCGGGUCUUCGCUGUUGCGCAUGUAUCGUCCGUUGACGGAUUACUACAUCGCCGUCGCCUACAUUGGCCUUGUGGUGAAGCUGUGUGUCGCCUUUGCACUGCAUAUUCUACCCUGCCGCGACGCGGUGCACCACCUCAUCGACUGGAACCUCUACACUAUUGCUUGGUGGAAGAACGCAGUUCUGUGCACAUUCCUCAGUCUCGUCUCACUGCUCUGUGGCCUGUUCAUCCCCAACGUGAACGUUGUGUUUGGUCUGCUCGGCUCCUUCACCGGCAGCUUCAUCGCCUUUGUCUUUCCAUCCCUCUUCUUCAUCUACAGCGGCGGCUUCGAGCUGAAGAAGGUGGGCGCCUAUGAUUUCUUUGGCUCUAUUUCACUCCUUAUCUUCGGUGUCGUAAUCAUUUGCUUCGGCACAACUGCCACGAUCUACGGCGUAGUGUAA